AUGACAUCCGUGUCCGCCGGCCCUUUCAACCGGCUCGUUAGCCUAGCGGCGCGCGCUUUCUACGACGACCUCCCCCCGGAGACUUCCGCCUCCGGCCAGACGGCCGUCGUCAUCCUCGACGCCCUCACCAGACGGAACGGGCAAUGGAUCCGAGAGGAUGAGCUCGCCGCAUCUCUAAGGAUGAAGGCCACGCCGAUCCGCCGCGUCCUCCGCUACCUCGAGGAAGAUAAGAUAGUAUCGAGGGACCACCAGAAGGAGCCAACGCCAGCCAAAGCAGCCGCCACUGCAGAUGGUUGUGCUAAGGAGGCCGACGAGAAAGAGAAGGUGAAGCUGCACCACAAGUCCUACUGGUGCCUAGACUACGCGCAGGCCUGCGACGCUGUCAGGUACCGGAUACACCGCAUGAGGAAGAAGAUCAGGGACGAGCUGACGGCGGACAGCAGAGCCACGAUCCAGCAGUACCUAUGCCCGGACUGCGGGACAAAAUACUCCGCAUUGGACGCCCUCAGACUCCUCGCCGAUGACUAUGAGUGCUUCCGCUGUGAGCACUGCAGCGCCGAAUUGGUCGUAGAAAACGCUGCCACGAUCGCGACCGACGAAUCCACCGGAGAUGGUGGUGGUGAUGAUGGAAACGGUGCACGGAAGCGUAGGCGGAUUGAGAAGUUGCAUGUCCUGCAACGGAGGAUGGAAGAGCAGCUAGAGCCACUUCAGGCGCAGAUCCAGAGGGUGCAGGGCCUGGCCGCUCCAGAGUUCACGAGCCUACGGUCAUGGCACAAAGCAAAUAACAUUCUUGCAGCAGCCGCCGCAGUUCCAGGUCGCCUAGCAGAGACAGAGCUUGAAGUUGGCAUAUUAUUGCGUGGUGCUGAUCAGUCUAGCACGAGCGGUGGUUCAGAGUCGAAACUGUUUCCUCCAUGGAUGAUGACAAAACGCAUAGAAUUUACAAAACAUACCGGUGGGAAAGCAGAAGCGGAUGAAAACGAGGAUGAUCGAAAGAUGAUGAACUCAAAUGAAGAAGAAGAGAAGAGUGUAUUUAAGCAGGAAUAUGCCAAGGCAUUUUAUGAAGCCCUUUGGGAACAUCAGAUGGGCACAAAUAUCAAACAUGAGGAUGAAGACGUGGACGAAGAAGCUGGGAUUGAGUGGGAAGAUGGCUAA